AUGGUUGACGUUUGGGAUGAUUUGAGGAGGCGUGCUCGAGCAUUGGAGAAUCACAUAGAUGUGAAGCUUGUGGCCUUGAAUAAACUUGCUUCAGGCAAAUAUGAACCCUCAGUUAGCGAAAAGCCUGUCGCAAACAGCAAGCAAAGUAUUUUCGACUCUUUAACUUCUGAGUUAGAGGCUAUUAUUGGCAAAUUAACACAAAUAAAUGACCAGAUGGCCGAGCACGUAGAACGUAGCCAAAACAAUUUGAAUAGCGGGUGGGCCUCCAACCCAGCCCUUAAGCAUACUUUGAGGCGUCAUAGAGAAAUACUUCGAGAUUAUUGUACGGAGUUUCGUCGAGCACAUGAUAAUAUUGGCAACCAAAUUCGGAGGGAAAGCCUAAUGAGUGGCGGUACGAGCGAAAGUUCAGUAUUAAACAACCGUAUGAAGCCCAGCGACCUGUACCUUAAAGAGCAUGAGCACAUAACUAGUUGUGAUCAUCUUCUCGAUGAACAAAUAAGCAUUGCUAUUAACACAAGGGAGCAUGUGAGCAAUCAACGACUAAGCCUAAGGGACAUUUCUAAAAAAAUGCAAACUCUAGCUAAGAAAUACCCUCUUAUUAAUGGAGUUAUGCAAAAGAUUCAGAUGAAGAAACGGAAAGACACUAUAGUUAUGGCAGCAGUAAUUUCGGGUUGCCUAAUUCUGACGUUUCUUUAUAUGAUGCAUUCCUAG